CAGUGAACUGAUGAUACGAAAAGCCCCCGGGACGACAGUCAGUACAAUGACAGAGAACGGCAGCGACUAGUCAUUUGCAACCUAUAAAAAGAACAUUUCCUGGUGUUGUAUUUAGACUAAUGCAUUACUCGUGGUACAUUUGGCGUGAAUUAUAGUACCAUUACGCGGAGAUUAAAUUAUCUGGUAAGUGUAAAACUACCAGAACAAUGAUCAGCUCAGACCUGCGGCCGACAACCCAGCGUAAGACUCUCGGUAAACUUGCCACUAGACUGGAAGAAGUGAAGAAUCCAUGGCGACAGGUGUCAACCUUGGAGCUUAGCCACAACGAGGCCGCGAGACUGGCUACAGAUGCUUUGCUGGAGUCCGGAGAGAAAGAAUACCGGCGGGUGUUAACGGAUGAGAGAGAACUGAAUUUUCUUUCACCCCUGGAAAUCCGGUACAUUACUGAAUACUCAACCAAAAAUAUAUCCGAUAGUAGUAGCGCAAAUGGCUCAGAGCGAGAGUUUGGGGAGGCAGACGCGGUGUCGGAGCUUACGUCCGGGACGUAUUUUCCAUCGAUGUCGGACGAAGAUGCACCUAUCCUGGAACUUGGCUGGCCUGAGCUCCCCGUCCGGUACGGUCCAUCUGAAACCCAGAUCUAUUUCCAGAGGGACAAGUCUCACAACAUUAAAGAUCUCAUUCGUUCCCUUAUCAAUAAAGCAAAAAAGGUUAUUGCCAUAGUGAUGGACCUUUUCACAGAUGUGGAUUUACUCUGUGAUUUGAUGGAGGCCUCAAACAAGCGAAAGGUUCCUGUGUAUAUUCUUCUAGAGAGCACGAACCUGAACUACUUCAAGGACAUGUGUACUGGUCUGGACAUCCGCAACUCCCAUCUGAACAAUAUGAGAAUUCGCAGUGUGUGUGGAGAAACGUACUGCACCAAAUCUGGGAAAAAGUUUACUGGCCAAGUACAGGAGAAAUUCAUGAUCAUCGACUGUGAGGAAGUUAUUGCUGGAUCAUAUAGCUUCGCCUGGCUGUCAGGGCAGGUCCACAGCAACAUGCUGCUGCACUUCUCCGGCCGGAUCACCGAGAGCUUCGACCGCGAGUUCCGCUGCCUCUACGCCGACUCCCAGAUCAUCGAUUACUUCCACAACCCGGACGAGGAAGGCCUCCCCUGUUACCCCGUCUACCCGCCCAUGUUCCCCCAUGGCAGACCCAGGGACUUCCAGGAGCGUGUGAGCUCCCGGGAGAAGCUGGGCUCCGACCACUCCAGCAGCCAGUCCAGCAGCAGCAUGUCCAGCGUUAAGAGGGCCCCCGGCAUGCCCGCCACCGUCUACCAGGUCACCCAUGACACCAAGGACACCGGCAGCCCUUACCUGAGCCAGGAGAGGAGGGGUGGCCAAAGCCCUGACACACUCAUCCAGGUACCAGACAGAAGAGGGCGUCAAAGCCCCGCCUUGAACACCCAGGUGACAGACAGGAGGGGCGGUCAAAGCCCUGCUUCUAACACCCAGGUAACAGACAGGAGGGGGGGUCAAAUCCCCGCUUCCAACACCCAGGGACUGGAAAGGAGGUUGGUUCAAAACCAGCCCCAUACAGCCAGGGGCUUUUCUAACGCCAACGGGCACAGCGCGUCGGCAGAGUGGGGCUCCCCAAGCGGGGGCCAAACGGGGGUCGAGCGGAAGGUCCAGGGCCUCAAUCUGUACGAGCACAAGCAGAACUACUACCACGGCGGCAUGCCCAAGACCACCGCUGCGAUGGACGCCAAAACCACGGGAACGCCGAAACACAAGGGCGCCGCCACCCCCAUCCUCAACAAGAUCUCCGACUUCUUCCUGCCCACCUAUAAGGAGAGGGACAUGCGCAGGUCCCCGCCCCAAAGCACCGCCUUCGGGGGGCCCGACCUCACCCAGGCGGAGCCCGAGAGCCACCAGCCACUGCCCCCGCCCCCGCCCCUGUCCCCCGGGCCAGACUCGCCCACAGAGAGGAUGCAUCGGCAGGACGCCAAGAGGAUGACCCUGGGUCACAGCAAGCUGGACCUGGUCAAUCACUACAACAAGAUGAAAACCAAGCACAUCUAUAGCAGGUUUGAGCUGAAGAACAACAACUGAAAACCCGGUAGGAGAGGCUGGUCUUCACUUUCGAACGCGGGGAACGAUGCUUUGGUGUUUAGAGAGAACCCCCCUGCACUGGAGGGAGCUGUCCUGCUCCACGUCUCAGCACUGCUCCCGCAGUCUAAAGAGUGCGUUGCACUGUCCUGACCUUGUCGACAUGAGGCGGCAGGGAUGGGAACCUCGUUUUUUUAACCAAUAUCGAUCGAUAAAUGCACUCCAGUGCACGCUUUCUUCUGAGGAAGCCAUUUUUAUGCCUGAAAUAAUCUUUGCUAUUUUGUUCGAGUUAUUCUGUGAAUAUAUUAUAUGGUAGGCUAUUAUUUGCUGUUGGCUAAUGGUGAGAUAUUUGGGCAGUGUAAUUUUAGUUGGAUAGCAGGUUCACAAGCACUUGAUAAGCUGAAACGGUGAAUGCCAAGUCUUCAGUCUUGAAGGGGACAUCGAUAUCCUAUGAUAUGGAGUCUUCCAAACUUUACGUGUAUAUUUACAAGCAGAAACGCUCGGAUGAGGAUUUCACAUCACGACCAUUAACCCAACUUUAAAUGCAUUUAAUGGUAACUCGCAUUAGAUUUUAACCUGCUGUAUGACUUUUGUAAAUAUUCAUAAUUUGUAUUGGAACUUUGUUGAUCUAUGCAAUGGAGUAUCUGAUGUGAAGCUGGAGGGUGGAGUAACGGCACGAUUAGCUGUUAUUCAACCAGUCAUCGUUGUGAAACACCUUCUAAGUUUCUGUUUGUCACCUGUAUAUAGAAAGGUGUAGCAACUUUUCAAAUAUUUAAAUGUUUUUUUGUGUUGUUGUUGUCAUGCCUUGGCAUAGCACAGGAAUGCAGUUCUACUUAUUGCCUUUUUUCUUAGUUUUCUGUUCUGCCUUUGUCUAUAAACAUUCCCUUAAUGCUACGAUUUUUUAAAUCUCUUUUUGCAUAAUGUGAAUUUUUUACUGAAAAAAAAAAACUUUUCUAAUAACUGUUUUCUUUUCUAAGUGCGAUUUGUAUAUGUUUGUAGAUAGUCAUGGUUUUCAGUCUUUUUUUAUCCUUCAACUGUUUCCAUUUCAUUAAACCAUGCUAAUUAUUGCUGUGGCUAGAAUGAAAGUAUUUGAUUACAGUGUUACAGAAGAAACAUGAAUGCAAUAAAGAGAACUGGAAUGAA